AUGCCCUUGAAGAAGAAAUGGGAAAUCGGAGACAAACUAUUGGCUCACUACCAGGGCGAAGUCUACUAUGCCGCCAAGAUUGUUGACAUUCAGCAUGACAAAGAUGGCCAAACGCAUUACAAGAUUCACUACGAUGGAUGGGGCACUCGAUACGAUCAAAUUUUUUCGGAGGGCGAAAUCCAAACAAAGUGGAAAGAAUAUACUGAGCAAGCGGCCGAUGAAGCAAAAGCAUUGCAAAAUGCUGCAAAAGGAGGCCGUUCCGGAAGGAAAAAGGAUGAUACACGCAAAAGUGAAGGGGGAGGUUCAAACAGCCGAGCAUCAACCCCAUCUCAAACUGGGAGCAAAUUGUCGGAGAAGACAACAAAGAACGCUCGUCGCUCAGAAGCCGUCCCUGCAGAGCAGCCUAUUCCAGACGUCACUCGAACCAGAAAAGAAGUUGUCAUCAGUAUUCCGGAUAUUCUGAAGCAGAUCAUGGUGGACGAUUAUGAUAUGGUGACUCGUCAAGGACGCCUACCUUCACUGCCCGCAAAAAACACCGUUGAUCAGAUUAUGAGAGAUUACGUGAAAUCUCUUGGGCGUAGUGUCAGUCAGGAUGAGCAACUUGUUGUCAAUUACAAAGACGGAUCACCAGAGGCAACUUUAAGCACCAACAGCAAUACGAUGAUGGAUUGUGCUCUCGGGUUGCAGGAAUUUUUUGAUGUCACUUUUGGAGCUCACCUCUUGACGAAAUUCGAGCGCAAUCAGUAUGCCAGUAUCCUUGAGGAUCACAAGGCCAAGCAGAUCACUGCACCGGGACCGAAACGCGCUCGUCUGCGCACGGAGACGGAAAUCGAGGAAGGGAAGGCAUUCAAACCCUCAGCAGUUUAUGGGCUCGCCCAUCUUUUGCGUUUGUUUGUGCGCUUCGGGACGUUGAUCCAGUGUGCUCCGUGGGGUGAUCGAGCGCUCUCAUCGAUUGUCAAACACACUCACGAUUUCCUCGUAUUCCUGGCCAAGAACUGUAACACUUAUUAUGAUCGCGAUGCCUACGAAACUCCAGAUCCAGCCUAUGUGAAAACCGCAUAUGCA